GCCGUCGCGCCUCGGCAUCCCGUGUGAGUCUCGACCCGUCUCGCCACCUGGAUUUCAAGUAUACCAUCGUUGUCGGCGAUCUCGGAUGAGGAAAAGAGAUACAGUGAGUACCAUACGUGUCAAUAGUCUUCCGUUCUACUUGAAAAUCAUCUUUUCCACUAAAGAAGCGGACAAGAAAAUCGAUCAAGCUGGCGCCAUUCAAGCUUCGUUUCUCAAAGAUGUCCAAGUCGCGAAGCGGCGGCAGCAAGGGUAGCCGCAGUAACAGCACAGAAUCGGAAGAUCCUUGCCAACAGCAUUCGAUUAAUUCACCACACUUGCCGACAUCGGAUACACUCGGAACGAACGGCAACAGUUUGGUCGUCAGAAACGAAUCGACGGUGCCCAGUUCGCCUCCGCCUUCUUAUCAGCACGUUCUCGAAGAGACGAGAAUGGAGCAAUCGGCUGAUAACGAGGGAGAAGAGGAAAUGGACGAGGUAGAAGAGUAUACAGAAAAACAACGACAAGCUUUGAAGAGGAACAAAACUGGUGUUAGCGGUGAAGGAGGUGGUGGUGGUGGUAGUGGUUGCGGUCCAGGAGGUGGAGGUAGACAGCCUGUCAAAGGGACAGAAAUUCUUCACAAAUCGAGCAAAGAGUUUUAUAGAGCGGUUGCCAAACAAUGGGGAAUUACUUGUAAAAUGAGCGAUCAUUGCAGAUGUCUUGAUUGUCAGAGCCAUUACUUCGACUGCGAAUAUGAAAAGGAUGAGCAAGAGAAAACCGACGGUGGACUUGGCGCCGGCACGCCGAUGUUCAUUUCCGGAGUGAUGCACGGCACGAGCUGUGCUCUCCUAUAAGAAGAACAAAUUUUCACAAACCGACAGAAUCAUUUUUGCUUUAUCGAAGCCGAAUUUAUCCGUGUUUGCGCACAAAAAAAAAAGAAAGAAAGAAAGUUUAAGCAGUUUCUCGGAAUGGGUUGAAUCACGGAAAGAGUACGAAGAUGUUUACGAAGAUUGAUUGUUAAGAGGGACAAAGACGUUGAGACGGAUAAGAAAAAGAGAAAGAAGAGUAGGAAGUGCACUCAAUGACGCAAUAAAAAUCCGACUACGGGGAGUAAUUUCCGUUUAGCAGGUAUCCGGAGGUAGAGUCAAAUUAAUACAGAAAUAUCGAAUCUUUAGAUUUAUCUUCUGUACACUCGCGAAAUCUGUAAUUUUCGAUUUCUUUCUCUCUUUCUCUCUCUAGUUAUCUCUCUCUCGCUCUCUCUCUCUCCCUCUUUCUUUCUCUUUAUCUGUCUAUCUAUCUAUCUUCCUUCUCGAUCAAGAAAAAAGAUUCCCCAUGAUAACAAUUACGUAUGUACUUAUGUACAUUCGCGAUUUUUCACCGACAACUUUUAUGCGAGUUGAUGAUCCGUAGACGAAGAAUAACACUUGUCAAUUUUUUGCUCGUGGUCUGAUUCAUAGAUUAUCCUCAAGGAUAAACACGAAGAACGCGGCAACGUGCAAUUUGUAUAUUUCAUGAGAACGUAACUAAAAUCCAAUAACCCGAGUUAAUUUUAAUAAAAUCUAAUCACGGGUUACGUAGAAUUCAUUCGUUCGUGAAUUUCCAUUUUGAUUGUGAGCUUGUGUCCCUCUCAAGGACCUCGUGCAACCUACAUCAAGUCUACCAAUUCCUUUUUCUUUGAGAUAUUAAUCACACCGACUGGUUUUUUUUAUAGUACUCGAUACGAGAAAACAGUUUUACGAGAAUCCAUAAAUAAACGGGCCUACGUUCUUUCGACGACAUAGAAGUUUAUCUUUUUUCACUAAAGUUAAGAUUCAUGAACGGACGCUCUAGUUUUCUGUGGGAUAUUAGAACAGCAA